ACAAGUCAUCUGUCAAGGUGUCAUCCAAACAAAAAAAAUUUAUGGAUUUGGUUGUGAAAAAGAAAAUAAAAAGACACGAAAAACAAAAUACCAAAAGAAUGUUUUAAUACCUAUAACUCACUCAUUUUUGUUUCUAGAGCAAAACCGAUAACAAUUUCUUCAUCGAAAUGGAGGAAAAAAAAGUUGCCGAUUAUUUUGUUGUUGCUGGAUUACCUAAUGAACCUGAAUUAUUGGAUAGUAAUUUUAUUUCAGAAGGACAACCAAAAACAAGACAUAGUCAGACUCCUAUUAUUGAAAUUGGGGUGAUAUUUCCCAGUUUGAAUGAGAAAUUGCCUGAAGGUUGGGAGAUAAUCAAUUAUACACCUACGGGGCUAAAUGCGGAUUUAAAUGAUGGUAGUUUACGAACAAACAAAUCUUACAUCUGUUACAAACGUGGAACUGAUAAGCCACCCUUAGUAGACAUUGGUAUUAUGUAUGAGGGAAAAGAGUAUUUAAUGUCCGAUGCAGAAAUAGUGAGAGAAAGUGUAGGUGGUAAUGUUGCUAAUGUAAACAAUUCAACAUCUCGAAUAUUCAUAACAUACAGGAGGGGCCUUCCAACUAUGCCAUGUAAUGCUCUUGUUGUUACUGAUAUAUGUGUUGUUAUAGCCAGUAAGGGAGAAUCUCCGCCACAUGCCUUCUGUUGUAUAAAUAAAAACUUAAACAAGGGUAUAGUGGGUAGUGAUGUAUUUUUAUGUUAUAAGAAGUCAAUGAACAAAGCAAAGUCCAUAACUUAUAAACCAGAGAUUCUGUCCAGGUAUCCAAUGGGAGAUUUGAGUGAUUUUCCUUUUCCAAAUUCUGUGCCUUUGUUCUGUUUGCCAAUGGGAGCCACUCUAGAGGUGUGGCCCAAGGAAGCAUCCCGUCCUAAACCUGUUUUCAGUAGUUUUGUGUUAACCGUUUCUGACGCUAAAUUUAAAAUAUAUGGAUCUGCUAUCACAUUUUAUGAAGAAUUUCCAAAGAAUCAGUUGACACAACAACAAAGAGAAAGUCUUGAAUACGAAGAUGAUUCUGACAAAAUACUGAAUGUAAAUAAGAGUAUCUGUGUACUCUCCCACUGGCCAUUUUCUGAUGCUUUUAUGGGCUGGUUGUAUUUUUUAUAUGAUGUAGUAUGUGGCAAUAAACCUCAACUAGUGCCUAUCGAAUCUUACAUUGUCCAACUUAUUGAUGAAGUUCCUUUUCCUAAACCAAGGACAUUACUUCAACUCUCUAUGCAACAUCCCUUUGAUAAAGCCAUUUUCACACAACCUGAUGAUCUUCCAUUGCCAAGAAGCGCUGCUAAAUUUAGAGAGUUGCUGGCUAAUUUAGGGCCCGAGAACUGCCUUCAGGUGUUGUUAUUGAUAUUGACAGAGCAGAAAAUAUUGAUCCAUUCUCUCAGGCCAGAUACUUUGACUUCAGUAGCAGAGGCAGUAUCUUCCCUCUUGUUUCCUUUUAAAUGGCAGUGCCCUUACAUACCUCUUUGUCCAUUAGGAUUGGUAGAAGUGCUGCAUGCUCCAUUACCAUUUUUAGUUGGUGUAGACUCCAGAUUUUUUGAUUUUCACGAUCCCCCACCUGAUGUGAGCUGUGUAGAUCUUGACACAAAUAUUAUAACAGUAGCAGAACAUCAACGACAAUUAUUAUCCGUAAAGUUAUUACCAAAAAGAGCUGCCAAAUGUUUGAAGGCCACCUUAGAGGCAAUAUAUCAUCGAUUGAGAUUACAUACCGAGAGCAAUGAACAGCCUCCUGAAGAGAAUAUCGAAACCGAAUUUUUAAAACGUAAAAAAGAACAAGCUGUAGAAUUCGAAAUAAUGGAGGCAUUCUUGAAAUUCAUGGUAUUAAUUUUGAAAGGAUAUAAAUCUUAUCUUCUUCCAAUUACUAAAGCUCCUACGAUCGGCACUACUGAUACAGAAGCGCUAUUUCAAUUAACAGAUUUCCUGAAGAGUAGGGACAAGUCAAACCAAAAAUUCUUCAGUUUACUUGUUAAGACACAAAUGUUCAGUCGCUUCAUUGAAGAAAGAAGUUUUGUGGACGACGAUCAAGGUUUAUCAUUUUUUGAUGAAUGUAUUGAACUGAUGAGUGAGGAAGUCGAUGUGAAAUUGGUGGAGCACGAUGGGAUAGUGAAAAGCGAUAAAACUAACUUUAUCCUACCACCAGAGCCAACCUUAACCACACCAAUAAUUUAUCAGAAUUUCACUCUGAAUCCAGUUUUGCUGCACAGUAAAAAGAAAAGUAAUUUUUCUUCUGCUCUCAACAAUAACUCUUUUUUGCCUGGAUCACCGAUGGCACGAAGAACGAAUCAUGAAAUCAAAACUGCCCAAAAAUUCGCUCGAAAAUGUUCACGUUCUCCAGAUCUUUGGGCGAAGUGUUUGUGUGGAGCUUGCCAUACAUUGUACUUUAUGAUGUUGCCAAGUGUAUUAGCUCUGAACCCAACUAAAGAGAAAAUUGUUCUUCAGCAAGCUUAUGAGCUUUUAGUGAGAGCUACUCAUUUACGUCUAGCAUGUGAUGAAAUCUGCUACAGACUCAUGAUACAGCUGUGUGGUGAGCACUCUAGACCUCUUCUAGCUGUAAAACUGUUGGUUCUGAUGAAGAAAUUUGGCCUACAACCAAAUGCUCUAACUUAUGGACUUUAUAACCGAUGCGUCUUGGAAGCAGAAUGGCCGGCACACUCUUCUUCUAGUCAGUUACUCUGGAACAAACUACGUAACGUUGUGUUGGGGGCGGCUCAUUUCAAAUGGGCUGGUAAAAGAAAAUCCAUGAGGAAUUCUACAUCUUCAAUUGAUGGAGUUUCGAGUUUAGAACCAAAUGAUAGAACUCCAUCCCAUUCUUCCCUAGACUCUCAUGAAAACUUACCAACUGAAUCCCUGCUGGAGAAAUUAGGGAGGAAUAUUUUCAGGGGUAAUAUUUAUGGUUCAUUCCAAUCUGUCAGUGACAAUGUAGAUAAUGCAACAUGUGAAGAUAAAGAGACUGCAAAUUAUUGCUCAUCUAAUGAAAGUUUCAUUGAACCUGAAUUGUUGGACAAAACCAAUGAUGCCAUCAAAAACGAGAAGUGUUUGGGUCCAGAAGGUUCUAAAAGUAAUACGAUGGGCGUUCAAAAUGAUGAUAGAAUUGUCAGCUCAAGCAAUUUCAGCCUAUCUUCUUGCUUAAAACUCAGUGAUCCACUAGGAGCUCUAGAUGACGAGGAUGAACAAUUCACCGUCAGGUGCAUACCUCAGGCCGUAUCUCCUAAUAUGCAAGAAAUUUCUAAAAUUUCGAAUACCAAUGGCGACGUAUAUGAAUCUACAACAAUAAAAAAGUCUGCCACUUUCGAAAAUAGUCCAGCCAACAACAAAUUGAUAAGGUCUGAGACAGUUCCCGCGUCAACUGUUGCUUCUAGUCUGGCUAGCUUAGGCUCAAGUAUUAAAAUAGGUUUCAGUACUACAAGUCUUGCUAGUAAGAAAUCAAAUGAACUGAUUCAGGGCGGACUUAGUUCGAUAAAAUCAGCUGCCAAUUCUAUGGUGAAAAAACUGGAUGAAAUAAAAGAAGCUAUUUCGACGUCAGCAACUUCAACGCCCGUGAAACACAAUAGAAACGGAGAGGGAAAUUAUUUCUCCAAUGAAGAUGUUGGCAAUGAAAACAGAGUUAGGAAAAUAUCUACAGAUUUUGAUAGCAUAAAGGUUAAUUGUACACCCAUGAAAGAUAUCGAGGAAAAGCUGCCGUCUUCUCUGUAUCCAUGUCCUAAUGAGAAACACUCAGGGAGCGAAUUGGACAUAUGCCUCACAUCCUGUUCACAGUGUCAUCACUGUAUGAAUAUUCUGUACGAUGAAGAUAUCAUGGCUCAUUGGUUCGCCGAGGAUUCGAACCUGAACACGAUUUGUCAAAACUGUGAGAAACCCACAGUUCCCCUCCUAACCAUAACGAUAAUGGGAACAAAUAUACCUGUCUGUGAUCCGUUCAGUGUGCCGUAUCUUAAUCCCCUCGUUUUACGUAAAGAACUGGAAAAUAUAAUCUUUCAAGAAGGCGACCUGUGUUUGACGGAAGUCAAGUUCAUAACUGAUCACCCUAUCAUCUAUUGGAAUCUUGUAUGGGUGUUUGAAAGAAUCAAUCUACAGACUUUUCUGCCGAAUCUAUAUUUGAAGACCAAGGUGGGAAAACGAAAAUCUGAAAAUUGCGAAGAACUGGAAUCUUUGGAUGGAAGUUACAUGCAACCGGUUGAAGCUGGCACUGAUCCUCUUUCUCAAGAAUUAGUGGCACAAGAACAAUUAUCUAUACCUGUGAGUGUUACCUGCUUAUGGGAUCAACCACGACUUCAUGGCGAUAAACCACCAAUGUACGUCUUUUGGGACCACAGAGAUUAUUCCUCUUCAACCCCAAAGAUGAUGUCAAAAAUAUUCAUGCAGAACAUUAUCAGUUAUAUCAGACUGAAUGACUUGACUGAGCCCAUCAAACUUUUGGCUGCCGAAAGAGAAAAACUUGUUGAGGAACUUGUAUGUGAAAAUAAAAUUCCCUACCCCUUGUACAGAGAUAUAUUAUAUUUAGCAUGUAAAGCAUUAGGAAGAGGUCAAAUUGAUUUGAAUAUGUUUGAUAAAGAAUAUUUUUCUGCCCAUUCACGGCUUACCGAGAGACCUGAGAACAAAUAUUUCAGCAAAAUCGUGAGGAAACAGGAUAAACCGAUUUGUUUGAAUUCACUGUAUUGUAGGCAAUAUUUUAAGCCGUUGACUCUACCUUAAAUCAUAUUUGAAUUAGUGAGUUAUGCAAUGAAAUACAAUUUUUCUAAUUUGCAAGAGAAUAAAAAUGUUUUUAUUUAUAUGAAACAUUUUUACAAAUGCACUGUGCUAAUUAACUACCUCUCUUAAGAAGCUUUUCAUCUGCUCUAUUUCUCUCAGUUAUCUGUUCUUGAAAGUAAAGCAACUUUGAAUAUGAAUGAGUGUGAAAUCUCAUGGAUAUAAAAGACAUAAUCGUUAGUUAAGAAAUACUGAAUGAAAAUUCAACUUUCUGUACAUUAAUAAGGAGGAAAUUGUAUUUCAUUGAAAUAAAUAAGUUAUUCCAGGUGUCUGUGAUUUGGAAAUAUGUUGAUGAUUCAACAGAAGUUUUAUACAAGAUAUUUUGCUUUACAUAGUUGAAAUUUGUUUUUCAAAUUAAUUUAUAAGUAGCAUACUGUAUUUGACUUCACAAUUUUUAAUUUAUCAUAUAUUUUGAACCAAAUUAAGUUUUCUUAGAUUAUUAAUAUUUGUAAUGAAAAAUAUUAAAUAAAUCUUUCAAUAAAUUAUAAAAAAUA